AUGAAUAAAGAAAAUGUUUGCCAAGCCUUUAAAACUGUCAAAGUUAGCAAUCGUGAGUUAGAAACUUUGGUUAAUUCAAGAGUUAAUUAAUUACAAAGAUAACUAUAAGAAAAAGAAUAAGAAAUUGCUUAAUUAUAACAAUUUAAUCCACCUGCACAAUCUCGAUUAAUGGAAAUUAAAUUUGAUACUAUUUAAACUGAGAAUCAUUAAUUGAGAAAUUAAGUUAAUUAAUAUGAAUCUAUGAUAAAAACUAUAUAGAAUAAAUGCAAUUCAUAAUAAAAUUAAUUAGAAACACUUACAAAUUUACUCUAAGAGACUCAAAAUAUAUUAGACUUUGAGAGAUAAGCUAAAUAAGCUUUAGAACUCUAAUAAUCAAAUAUACAAUUAGAUGCAGAAUCUGAAAAAUCAGCAAUCAAAACAUAAAUUGAUAUUUUGAGAAAAGAAAAAUAUCAAUUUUAAUCAUAAUUUUAAGAAACUGAGUUGUAAUUGAAAUAAUAACAAUUAAUUAAUAUGGAAAUUACUUAAGAAAUAACCUCACUCAGUAAUUCAUUUUAAUAAUUAUAACUUUCAUAUUCUAAAUUAGAGGAAAAAACUUAUGAAUUAGAAUCUAAAAAUGAAAUUUUAGUUUCUUAAUUGGAUGUUUAUAAAACAUAAAACGAAUAAUUGAAAUCAUAAUUGCAAUAAGUUAAUCCUAAAAAUGUAGAGAAACAAUUUUAAUAACAUGAUAGAAUCACUGAACUUGAAGCAAAAUUGAGAUUAUCUUAUGAAAAUACUUCACAAUUUUAAUAAUUAUUAAAUGAAAAAUAAGAUCUUAUAAAGAAAUUAGAAAAAUAAUUAUAGAGACAAUUAAAUUGGAAUGACAAUAAUCAUCAAUUAUAGGAUUAAUUGGAGAAAUCUUAAUUUACUAUUGAGGAAAUGUAGUUUGAAAAUUAAAAAAUUGCCAAAUUUUAAUAAUAAUAAAUAGAAUAAUUAAAGAGACAAUUAGAAUAAUAAAGCAAUAAUAAUGAAGAAUUGAUAGAAACAAAAUAAUAAUUAUAAAAAGUUAAAGCUGAAUUUGAAAAUUACAAAUCAAUCUAAGAAAGCAAAUUAAAUGAUGUAAUUUAUAAUAGAUUAUAAUAGGCCAACUCAAAAUCAUAGUUAGAUUUAUAAAAUUAAUGGAAUUUAGAAAAAUCUAAAUUAGUAAAUUAAAUAUAACAUUUAUCAAGUUAAAUUGAAUGUUAAUAAAAUCAAUCUUGCGAUUAAAUGAGGAUAUAGAUUGAAAGUUAAAUGGCAUUGAAAUAUGCUUCUGAAAAAGUUUAAUUAGAAAAUCAAUUAUGGGCUGUUUAAGAAUAAUUAAAUGGAAUAUAAAAUUCUAUUGAUUUAUAUGUUACCAAAAUCAGUUAAUUGAAUAUAGAGAAUGAUUAAUUAAGAGAAUAAUUAAUAGAAAAUUAGAAUAAUUCCAAACAAAUAUUGAUAUAAGAAACAUAAAUUCGUAACUUUUGUGUGGAGAUUGAAAAAUUAAAAAGUAUUUUAAUAUAGAAGAGUGAUCAAAUAGAAUUUUUAUAGUAAAAGUCAAUGUAGACAGAAUAUUUGGUUAAUUAUGUUUAGGAGUUAGAGAGAAAAGUUAAUCAAUUAAGUUAAGACAACUAAAGAUUAAAUACUAUAAUAAUUUAAAGAUGUAAAAAUUCUUGGUGA